AUAACAAUCAAUUAAUUACAUUUAUUAAUUAUCUUUCGAUAAAAUAGAUCCCUGAUACCAUUGGAUGUGAUUCUUUUACAUCAAUUAACAUUUAUCACUGUAUUUGAGAAAUUCAUUUAGUGAUAACAUUAAAUAAUUUGUUGCAAGGAUGCGUGCUAUAACUAUUAGUUUGCUGGUAUUUGCUAGCUUCGUGAAUGCCUCAGAUUUAAAAAUAGAUAAAAUUAGAUUUGAGGAGGCUCUGAAAGAGAAUCGUGUUGGAGAAAGAAAUAGGAUUCUCGAAGGAAUUUUAAGCGAUCUAAUUGAUCAAUUACGUGAUAUAAUGGUGAAUGGAACUGAAAAUAUUCCGGUUUUGGAUCCUUUGAGGAUAGGUGAAAUAGAAGUUGGUGAAAGUAUAUUCGAAACACCGAAAUCAUUCAUCAAGAUUGGUGAGACACGCGUUGAUAAUUUGAGUACAUUUGUGUUUGAUACUUUAAAUAUUGCUGUAGAGGGCAUUAUCUUACAACGAUACAUUUUAAGCUUUGACACUCAUAUACCGGAAAUUAAUGUUAAUACAAACGGCUAUGACAUGAACUUUGUAGUAAUGGGCGGUCAAGUAUUUGGAAGCGGAGCUAUGAGUGUAAACAUUGUUAAACCGCGCAUCAAGGGAAGAUUGAGUACCUCUCUGAGGAUCAAUAAUGGAAUGUUCCUUACAAUUAAUGAUUGUGAAAUUCAAGUCAGUCUCGGAGAUUUUCAGCCCACCAUCACUGGUAUGUGGAAUAGCGAAGUGGCCAGCUCGUUUGUAUCACGGUUUCUUGGAAACCUUGUGCCUGAGCUCAUGACGUUUUUUAAGUAUGAAAUCAACCAAAUCCUCAGUGAUGCAGUGAAGACUAUAGGAAAUGAAAUACUGAAGGAUAUUAAUGUAAUCGAUCUCAUAAGACCAUAACACAUCGAAUAUUUGAGUAUUCGAUUACGAAAUUAAAUAUACAAUCGUCACUUGACUUAGGGAGAGGAAGAAUAUCUAUGAUUUUUAUUUUUAUAUAAUGGUUUCAAAACCAGUCUUUUAAGACUUCCAUAAACAAGGAAUCUUUUAAUUGUAAUAAAUAAUAAAGUUUUAUAAAUAAAUACAUUUUACUUUAUACCUAAAUCCUAUACUUUUAAAAAUAUUCAUUUAUACGAUAUGCGAACGCGCCAUCUAUGAUUUGACAAUGUUAUCUCGAUACAAUGUUAAACCUUUUGUAUGACUCCAAACUAGAAACAAAGCUAAAAAAGAUUUCUAAAUAUUAUUAACAAUAUAUGAAAUAGGACACAAUUUCUAUUUGACUUGAUAGUAGAAUUAAAUAAAUCCAUCGUUUCAAAGAAAUAUAAGCGUAUUUUAAGAGAUAAUCUCUUGUUUCAAAGGUAGAUGUCGCGAGGUAUAUAAAGAAAACUGGAGAAAAUAGUUAAAAAUUCGAAAUCGCCAAUAUUGUUACAACACUAAAACCCCAAUGUAUUAUUUGUAAGAAUAUUUACAUCAUAUAUAUUUAUACAAAUUAUAUUGUAAAUGUAUAUGUGUUAUUAAUGAUCGUUGCUCUUAAAAUAUUCUAACGUCUUGAUCAUUUUGUAUUAUUAAAAUGUCAAAUAGAUAAGAGACUAUAAAAAGAAAUUGCGUUUCUUAUUUCGUGUAUAAGAGCAACAGGUUAGCAUUUCGGUGUAUAAAUAAUAGAUGUCUAUUGGGAACCGUUCUUAGGCAACCUUAGAGGAUCAAAGAACUUUUAGAAUAAAUCAACAUUAUAAUAAAUUAAAAAAGGUUCUUCUAUCAUUUCGAUACAAAGAUAAAAAAGUAUUGAUGUUAUUACUCUAUAAGUAAAAAAACGUUAGGUAUAUAUUUUUUUUAAUGCUUUAAAUUAGUGUUUACGCUGUUGUCAAGCAAUGUCAUUGGUCAAAGUAUUCAGUUUCAGAUUCAGCAAAGAAUUUUUGAUUAUUAAAAUGUGUAAAGCGGUCCAACAAACAUGGCAAUCCUUUGACAAUGAGAUUGUUAAAAUUGUUGGAAUAGCAACGUUCAUAUUUUGACGAACUUUCUAGAUAAUAUUUUAUUACAAUGUAGUUUAAACUAUCAUUAUGGUAUUAAAAAAACUAAAUAGUGAAAAAUUA